CACGUAUCAGCCAAAACAACCCUAUUAGCACUAGCUAUCAAACACUAAAGUCACAGGAUUUUCAUUUGUCCAAUAAGUUCAGUUAUGGCCGAAUCACCAGCGGUCACAACAUUAUGUGAGAAUUCAAAUGAAGAAUUUCUUGAUGCAUCCAAGUUGUUGAUAACAUACGCUGACAACAUUUUAAGAAAUCCCAAUGAGGAAAAGUACAGAUCCAUUCGCAUUGGUAAUCCUACUUUCUCCACAAAGCUGCUUCCUAUCAAAGGUGCCGUGGAGUGUCUCUUUGAGAUGGGAUUUGAGGAGGCUGAGACCCACCUUGUGUUCCCCAAGUCUGCAUCAGUGGAUCAGUUGAAGCUCAUCAGAGAAUCGAUUGCAGCAGAGAGAGAGCAGAGGCUUCGUGGAGGUCAGCCUGUCCAUCUCUCUGCUCAGGCUGCUACGACCUCUCCACCAGCCCAGACACCAGGGAGCUCUGCUGGAGCCUCAAGCCAGCCGAUCCCAUCGCUUGCAGCACAGCCAUCGUCCUUGGAGAGCAGUAUGAGCUUCUUUGUGACUCUGCAGUCAAACUUCCAGCAUGUGAUGCUUUAUGAAAAUGUUGAACUGCAGCAGAAAGCGCGCAGCUGCAUCCCUCAUCAGCAGAUAUCCUCCACUGCUGAACACAGGCUGAAGGAAGCGAAAGAAGCUGAUCCAGAUUGUAAACUUGGCAUGGAGGACAUUUUGGUGCUGGAGUUGCUCAGCUGGUUCAAAAACAACUUUUUCUCCUGGGUGGACUCUCUGCCAUGCAGCCGCUGUGGAGGCCCCACCCAGAACUCCGGCAUGCUCAGUGCAACCCCAGAUGACAUCCGAUGGGGUGCCCAGCGGGUGGAGAACCACCACUGUGAGAGCUGCCGACUCUCCACCAGAUUCCCCAGGUACAACAAUCCUGAGAAGCUGCUUGAAACUAGGAGGGGGCGCUGUGGAGAAUGGGCUAACUGUUUCACACUGUGCUGCAGAGCCAUGGGCCUCGAGGCCAGAUAUGUUUGGGACAGCACAGACCACGUGUGGACAGAGAUUUACUCACCCUCUCAGCGCCGCUGGCUUCACUGUGACCCCUGUGAGAAUGCCUGUGAUAAACCUCUGCUGUAUGAGGUCGGCUGGGGGAAGAAACUUGCCUACAUUCUGGCUUUCUCUAAGGACCAGGUUGUUGAUGUGACCUGGAGGUAUUCCUGCAAACAUCCAGAGGUGUUGACAAGGAGGACCAGGGUUCAGGAGGCCUGGCUGCUACACACCAUUAAUGGACUGAAUGCCUCUAGACAGCAGUUCCUGGGUCCAGACAGGAAGAAAGUCCUGACAGAGAGGCUUCUAGUCGAGCUCGUUGAGUUUAUUUCCCCAAAGAAACCAAAAUCAGGAGAGCUGGGGGGUCGUAACUCUGGAUCUCUGGCCUGGAGGUUAGCACGAGGGGAGACCAGAGGUCCUGAUACAGCAACCUCUGCACAGGCUGCAGGUUUUGUGUUUACUCCCACUGAGAAAGAACAGAGCAGCCGGUUGCUGCAUGUGCGCUACAGUGCCUCCAAAGACCAGUACUGUAGACUGUCCAACAACAGUGAGCUCAUUCAGAGCUGGGAUCAGUGUGUCUGGAGGAAGGAAUCUGUGUUCAGAAAACUGGAGAACGACUGGCAGAUGGCCUACAUAGCUCGAACAGAAGGUUCCUCAGAGGGAAAAAUCAGCUGGAAGUUUGACUCUACUCCAGUGGGAAUGAAGAUAAAGUCCAUCUCAGUCAUGGCAAGCAGCCAGACAUUUCACUCUGGUAAAGUCUGCUGGCACUUAAAGGCAGGCUUGGUGACGACAGAGUUCACUGGAGAUGGGAAGAUGCAGUCGUUCCAGAGUCUCUCUGGCUCCUCAGAGUUUGUUAUCGUGGCUGAACUCAGCGGUGGAGAUGGGGAUGCAUCAUGGCAGCAUGCUCAGAUCUUCAGACAGAGCCUGAAGGAGAUGGAGGAGGCUUCAUUUGAAAUCCUUGUCCACUUAGAAGAUGCUUAACACAUGUUUUACUUGAUCCAGUAAGAAGAAAUAAGGAGCAACGAUGGCAACACAAGUGUAUUGUCCAUGUGGACAAUGGAGUCUGUCCUGCUACCUGGUUUUCCCACAUUUUUAGAGGCUUAUAAUGACAUUCAUCUUACAUCCACAUCUACGGUGCAGCUCAAAAGCUGAAAUGGGCCCAUGCUGGUGGUUUCUGAAGAAAAGGGAGACGUUUAGACUUUUCAACUCUGCUUGCAGACGAGUACCCUGGGCUUGACCCUGCUUGAUCCCACAUGAAUCAUGCCUGAGAUUACCUCUUUAAGCAUACCCAAGUCUGGUGGUGUCUUGUGUUCACAGUUAAAUGAACCGGACUUUGGGAUCAGAUCAGGGCACAGGUAAACCACUCUUUACUUAUUUUAUCCCAGUGAGAUGGAGUAAGAUAAAACGUUUAGAAUAAUGUCCACUCAAGGCUUCUGUACAUUCCACCUACACAAUUUUGACCAACUUUGAAAAAGCUCUGCAACAGACCUUAGUCUUCCCUUAAGAACCACUGCACAAGACAAACACUAAAGCCUACUAUAUAUUCAGUUGAUAUAAAAAUAGGACUGAAGUAACAAGUACCAUAAAUCCCUUUUAACCCUUGACGAUACACAAAUGAAGACGUGAUGAUUUUGUCCCUCCAACAGGAAACUGAUUUUUGUCACUCAGUUGUCUUGUGUGUGGUUUGACCAAGAGCAAACAGCCUAAGUUAUGACACAUGCAGUCGGUAGCACACCAAUAUAAAAUUACCCAUAAAGCCAUAGUUUUUGUAAAAAUUGUUUUCACUGUUUGUGUCUCUUAUUUGUGAUGUAUAGAGACUUGUUUUCCACACAGCACAUCAGGGUUGAUGUCCCUAUUAGCUGGGUUGCUGCUGUUCUCCUGUCUGUAAUAAAACUAAUUAUUGGUGAUUUUGAUAUAAUUGAUAAAACCAUUAUUGGUGUGUGUGAUUAAGAAAACACAUUAGUGGGCUAUGAAGAUGUAUUUUAGUUUGCUGGUUUAUUCUGGCAUAGAACCAAGCCUUUAACAAUAUUAAAACUAAUAAAUUUAUAAAACAAGUAUGAUGAUACUAAAAUUUGACAUGUUUCAAAAGAAACUGUAUCAAGCAUCUUUAAAUCCAGUAUUAAAGGAAAAUAAAUGACUAGAAAGGGUGCUUUAAGUGAAAGGUUGUGAUUGUAAUGUCAUAAAAAUAUAAACAUCUAAAUGUAAUAAUUUUAAGUGAAAAAAUAUGACAAAG